AUGAUUUCUGAUUUACCUCAACUGGCCAAGACCUACACUUACUGUGCUAGGGUUGAACAAUCAUUGAGUUCAGUCAACGUUCCGGAAGUUUACAAUGAUAUGAAUACACUUUUACGCCAGUUAGCAGUUGACACAAAACACUACCUAAGAAAACCUAUAAGAUCGAUGUUAAUCUUUACAAAACAAAACACAUUUAAUAAUUUGAGUGAGUCAAACAAAUCGGGAGUGAAUGUUGAAUCAAUACGCUUCAAAAUAAUUAUUGCAGUUUUAUUAAAUAUCGCGUUAAACACGUAUCAACUAAAAAAACAAGAAUUUUUGAAUGAUAUACGAUCAAGACCUGAAUACAGACUAAGUGAAGAAAAAUUGAUAACUGAAUUUGAAGAAGAAUACAAUUCUGAUACAGCUAUAAAAUGGUACACGCGUGAUGGUCUUUUUUAUCGAAUGAUCAACGAAGGAUUUCGAACGGAAAAUAUUGAUAUAAUGUUUCGAUAUCGUUUCUUUUUCGUUGAUUUGUACAAUAAUUUACAUUCUCCCCAUAAGAUACAACAAAAUGAAUGA